CUCUCAGCAUCCUCCUGUGAUCCUGUAGGUGGUACAGCUACAGCAGUAUCCAUGGCCUGUCUUUUGCCAUAGCCUACUCUCAUUCCCUUUUUAUUCCAAAAUGUUUGCUCUGACAGCUGCACCAACCAUGUAUCUAAGGCACUGGUUUUGAGGGCUUACAUUAAACAUCUGGUAACUGGGACCGUAAUUUCCUGUAUUUUUUCAGGCUCUGUGGAAACUGAGGAAUGCAAUUCUGCCACCAUGAUGGAAGGAUUGAAAAAACGUACAAGGAAGGCCUUUGGAAUACGGAAGAAAGAAAAGGACACUGAUUCCACAGGAUCACCAGACAGGGAUGGAACCCCACCCAGCCCUCAUCCUCAUGAUCCACCCUCCAAUAGCAAAGCAGAGUGUGCACAGGAAGGAGGAAAAUCAGUUUCGAAGAGAACAAAUGGUGCUCCAAAUGGGUUUUAUUCAGAGAUUGACUGGGAAAGAUAUAAUUCACCUGAGCUUGAUGAAGAAGGUUACAGCAUCAGACCAGAAGAACCAGGCUCUACCAAAGGAAAGCACUUUUAUUCCUCAAGUGAAUCAGAAGAGGAAGAGGAGGCACACAAGAAAUUCAACAUUAAGAUUAAGCCCUUACAGUCUAAAGACAUUCUUAAGAGUGCGGCAACUGUUGAUGAACUGAAAGCUUCUAUAGGCAACAUUGCACUUUCGCCAUCUCCAGUGAGGAAAAGUCCGAGGCGCAGCCCGGGUACAAUUAAAAGGAAUUUAUCUAGUGAAGAGAUAGCAAGACCCAGGCGUUCAACACCUACUCCAGAGCUUCUAAGUAAAAAAGCCCCAGAAGAUCCAGCUGUUCUAGCACCACUAUUUGGUCCACCCCUAGAGUCUGCAUUUGAGGAAGAGAAGUUGGAAGCUCCCAUAGAUCAACCUGAAGUGUGGGGUUCUGUGCAACCAGUGGAACCAAGUGUAGAAUCUCCAAAUUCAUCACGGCCCUUUCCAUCUGGAACACCUCCACCGCUUCCACCUAAGAACAUUCCAGCUACACCUCCUCGCACUGGUUCUCCUUUAACAAUUGGAGUAGGAAAUGACCAGACAGCAACAGAGGUCAAAAGUGACAAACAACCAUCAAUCAAUGACUUGGACAGCAUUUUUGGCCCAGUAUUAUCCCCCAAGUCUGUUGCUACUAACGUGGAGGAUAAGUGGAUCAGUUUUUCUGAUCAGUCCCCGGAAAACGUAACUUCAGAGGUGACUUCAAGGGAAAAAGAGGUGUCCCCGCCUGUGGCAUCAGAAACCCCAGAUGAGCCUCCAGAGGCUGAAACCUCUCGCAGUGUUCCAUCUCCACUCAAUUUAGAAGAGGUUCAGAAGAAAGUUUCUGAGCAGACCCACGUUAAAGAUGAUAACUUAGCAUCAGCAGCAUCUCCUAAAGAUUUUGGGGUGGGACAGAGAGCAACACCACCUCCCCCUCCACCUCCUACCUACAGAACAGUGGUGUCAUCACCCGGACCCAGCUCUGGCGGUGGCACAGGAAGCACCAGUGGAUCAUCGUCUCCUGCUCGCCCUGCAACUCCGCUUACAUCCUGCAGCAGCACUACCCCUCCACCUCCUCCACCUAGGCCCCCAUCUCGUCCCAAAUUACCCCCAGGGAAGCCUGGAGUUGAUAUGUCCAGACCUUUUAGCCCUCCAGUUCACUCAUCGAGCCCUCCUCCGAUAGCACCUUUAGCACGUGCUGAAAGCACCUCUUCCAUAUCGUCCACCAAUUCCUUGAGUGCAGCCACUACUCCCACAAUUGGGACAGAGGGAAGGACCAAGUCCCUUACAGAGAAUGAACAGCCUUCCCUCGUCUGGUUUGACAGAGGAAAGUUUUAUUUGACUUUUGAAGGCUCUUCUCGAGGGCCCAGCCCCUUAACAAUGGGUGCACAAGACACUCUGCCUGUAGCUGCAGCUUUCACUGAAACUGUUAAUGCGUACUUCAAAGGAGCAGACCCUAAUAAUUGCAUAGUCAAGAUUACUGGAGAAAUGGUGCUGUCAUUUCCUGCAGGAAUUACUAGACAUUUUGCCAAUAAUCCCGCCCCAGCUGUUCUAACAUUCCGUGUGACAAAUUACAACAGGUUAGAACACGUCUUGCCAAAUCCGCAACUUCUUUGCUGUGACAGUACACAAGCUGAUGCCAACACAAAGGAAUUCUGGGUAAACAUGCCAAAUUUGAUGACUCAUUUAAAGAAAGUGUCUGAACAGAAACCACAAGCAACAUAUUAUAAUGUGGAUAUGCUUAAAUAUCAGGUAUCAGCCCAGGGUAUUCAGUCUACUCCAUUGAACCUUGCAGUGAACUGGCGGUGUGAUCCUACAAGCACUGAUCUACGCAUUGACUAUAAAUAUAAUCUAGAGGCAAUGACUACGCCAGUAGCGUUAAACAAUGUGCAGUUCCUUGUUCCCAUAGAUGGAGGUGUGACAAAACUUCAAGCUGUGCUUCCACCGGCUAUUUGGAACACUGAACAACAAAGGAUAUUGUGGAGGAUUCCUGAUAUUUCACAAAAAUCAGAAAAUGGAGGUGUGGGCUCAUUGCUGGCACGAUUCCAAUUAUCUGAGGGACCAAGCAAACCUUCCACGUUGGUUGUACAAUUCACCAGUGAAGGGAGCACUCUGUCCAGCUGUGAUAUCGAACUUGUUGGAGCCGGAUACCGUUUCUCACUUAUUAAAAAGAGGUUUGCAGCAGGAAAAUACCUGGCAGAUAACUAACAGAAGAUUAUGCAAGUAUGUGGAAAAUCCAUGUAGCUGAGGACUGCUGUGGGUGGACGGGUUUUAUAUGCUCUUUGAGGGAAAACUAACUAAAUCCUGUACUCGGGACAUUUCUGUUGGAAGUGUCAGCAAUUUCCAACAUUUCUCCCUCAGAAAAUACCAUGUUGACCAGUCCUACAGUAUUUACUUCUAGAUGUAAUAUUGUUAAUGUUUUAAAUUGUAAUUAUUGUAUUUGUAAAUUGUACUCAUUCCAGUAAGGCUGUAUUUUGGCAGUUAGACACUUGAGUUUUAGCAUUUUACCAUUCAUGAAAUGGGUGUAAUUUAAACUGUGGUAUAUACAUUUAAUAGUAGUACUGUUGAAUGGCACAAUGCUUUCAGAGGUAGAUAACAUUUUGUCAAUAUAUACAAUUUGAAUACAAUGCUAAUAGCUGUGAGAAAGGGGGUGCCUCAAAAAGAAAGUUAACUAGAUGAACAGCAAAUUCACUUAAUUUUUUUUCUUUAGUCCUCAAUAUACGUCAUAUAAAUAGUUGUAUGAAUAAACAGGUCUAUAUUUAAAUAUUUGAUUGAUUUAACUCCAGAACAUUUCAGUAAAUGUUGAGGUGCUUAUCACUUAUUUCCCAAAAUGCUACAAAAGUAUUUUUCCACUUUAAACACUUUUUCAUAUUUUCAUCAUAAAAAAUAUCAACUUGUCAGAAGAAGAUUUUUAAAUCCUCUAGCUAAACUAGUGUAAACUCCAGCUAAAAUGAAGCUGGAAUAGUUUGUGGUUCCUCCCAUUAGUCUGACCUGUUGCAGAUGUGGAGAUAAAGAGCACAAUCUACUAGAAACCUCCCCACUAUGCAAGCCCUUUUGAAACACAAGAAAGCACAGCCAGGUGGUAAAGCAGUUCCAGUUAUUUUCAGUAAGGCUUGCCUGGGAGACGCUUCUGGUGGGUCAUGUUCAGAAUAACCCAACAAUUUAAUUUAAAAAUAUAAAGUGACGACUUUGACUAAUUCAUCUCUUGAUGGCCAUUGUUUUAUUUCAGCAACAGUCUCUGACUUUGUAGGCAUGCUUGUUUAUUUUUAUAGUACAUGCAAAUGCUUUCCUAUGAACAUCAUUUUCCUCCUCAUCUCAGUUUCUAAGAUGAGUCUGAGGACGAAGAGCUUCAAAGUAACGGAUAGUGGGUUGGUUCCUGAUUUAGCCCUAUUUAAAGCUAUGCCUGUUAA